AUUCACCGGGGCAACGCGGAAGUUGGUGGUUGCAUGGAUGCCUUGUCUCUCUCUCCUCCUCAAAUUCAAAUCAUCCUCACCCCUCUUUCUCUCUCUCUCAAGAAGUAGAGAUUAAAGCCAAUUUCAUAAUCGAAAUUUAAUUUUAUUUGAUCUCAUCGAUCGAUGCAAUGGAUAAAUCAGAGAAACAGGAUAAAAGGGAGAGAGCCAAGGAGCGUAGAGAGAAACGUCGUCAAGAGAUCUCUCUAAUCCGUUCGAUUCCUUAUUCCGAUCACCAGAGAUGGUGGUCUGCGGAUACAAUAGCAGUGGUAACUGGAGCAAAUCGAGGAAUUGGAUUUGAAAUUGCACACCAACUUGGAUUACAUGGAUUAACAGUUGUUCUUACUUCAAGAGAAACUGCUGUGGGUGAAGAAGCAGCAAAAGUCCUAAAAGAAGGUGGCUUAAAAGUUGUAUUCCAUCAACUCGAUGUUAUCGAUCAUGAAUCUAUCAACACAUUUUGCACAUGGAUAAAAGAAAACUAUGGUAGCAUAGAUAUUCUGAUAAACAAUGCAGGAUUCAAUCAUAAUGUUGGGUCAGAAAACUCUGUUGAAUUUGCUGAAAAAGUCAUCAGCACCAAUUAUUUCGGCACAAAAAAUAUGAUUAAAGCUGCAAUCCCAUUGAUGAGGCCUAAUAAUGCGGGUGCUCGGAUUGUUUCAGUGAGUUCACGAUUGGGUCGACUUAAUGGCAGGAAAAAUAGGAUUUCUAAUGACGAAUUGAGACAACAACUAGAAGAUGUAGAGUCACUAUCGGAGGAGAAGAUAGAUGGAAUGGUGAACAAGUUUUUAGAGCAAGUGAAAGAUGGGAGUUGGACUUCUGGAGGGUGGCCACAAAACAAUACAGAUUACGCACUCUCAAAACUCGCAGUCAAUGCAUACACAAGGGUGGUUGCCCGGGAACUUUCGGGCAGACCCGAAGGUGAAAAGAUUUAUAUCAACUGCUACUGCCCGGGUUGGGUCAAGACUGCUAUGACUGGUUGGGCAGGGCAGGUUACUACUGAAGAAGGAGCUGAUACAGCUUUGUGGCUUUCUUUGCUUCCGGAUAUGCGUAUUAGUGGCAAAUUCUUUGCUGAAAGGCGCGAGAUACAUUUCUGAUACGAG